AUGAAGAGGGAGAAAAAGAGGCAGAGACUCGAGAAAGAGGAGGAAAAGAAAAUGGAGGUAGUGGUGGUGGAGGAAGAAGAUGCGUUGGCUGCUGCUGCGACGGUGGCUGCGGCUGCGGCGGUGAAGGAGGAGGAGGAAUUGUGGGGGAUGAGGCUUAAGGAAGAAGGAGGUGUUGUGGUCGAUGAGAUGAUGACGUGGAGCACCUUUUGGCUGCCUUCAUGUUGGGACGUGGAGUUUGUUGAGAAAAACUAUGGAGUUUUGUUCGGUGAUGUUGUGUGGGAAGAUGAUCUUUGGAAUUUGAACACUUCAAAUCAGCAGCUUCCUCCUUUAGAUGAGAUCAAACGAGAUUGA